CCCAGAUUCUGCCCUGGUUGCCUCGAAACCUCUGCCCGUCGCUGCCACCAUUUCAUAUCACCUCCUCCACUGUUCGACUUUAGCCAUUCUCCUCCAUGGUCUUUCACCGCGGCAGAUUUCCAUACAACGGUGCAUUCCCGAGUCCGAGUCGAGUCUGAACUGAGUCCGACGAAAUCAUGGUGGGCUGAGCAACCUUAGAUUCCAUAGCCCGCGAUAACGCCUCCCACCCGUCUGGUCUUUUCUCUACCCUCCUCCUCAACUGCUUCUCUCGCCUGCAUAUGGCCAAGAAGAAGCGCCAGAGGAUCAGCUAUGUCCUGCCCUUGGCGAAUUCGCCGGGCGGACAUAGACUCGGAGUGAAUGGACUCGCCUUCGACGAGGAUCGAUCUAUACUAUAUACGGGUGGACGAGACGGUGUCGUCUGCGCCUGGGACAUCGACCUCGAUGCCCAAAACGCCCCCUCUUACACGGACAAGGAACCCACACAUACCUUUCGCAGACAGGUUCAAGCUCAUACCCACUGGGUCAAUGACAUUGUCCUGGUGAAGAACAGCCUCGGUCUUGUGUCGGCCUCGUCAGAUGUCACCGUCAAGCUUUGGCGCCCUCACGGCCACGAAACGACACACGCCUACACGAUCGGAUCCCAUAGCGACUACGUCAAAUGCCUAGCCACUCCCAGUGCCACGUCCAACUGGGUCGCCUCGGGCGGUCUAGACCACAAGAUCAAUCUCUGGGAUCUAGCGGGAGGGGGAAACACCUUGCAGAUUGAUAUUGGCAAGGCAGAAAAUGUCGUCAAAGGCUCCAUCUACACACUUCGUGCCAAAGGCUCUCUUCUGGCCAGUGGUGGACCUGAGAGUGUUGCCCGCCUCUGGGAUGUCAGAUCUGGUCGAAGUAUCACCAAGCUCGUCGGUCACACCGACAAUAUCCGAGAUAUCUUGAUCAGCGACGACGAAGACACGAUCCUUACCGCAUCCUCGGAUCAAACCAUCAAAGUCUGGUCGGUGACUGCUGGUCGAUGCAUCCAUACACUGACCAUGCAUAACGACAGCGUCUGGUCACUCUACUCCAGCGAUCCCAACCUUGCAGUCUUCUAUUCCGGCGACAAGUCAGGUUUAGUGGCCAAGACCGACACCCGACGGGCAAUGGAGAUCGACGAUGGUGUCUCAGUUGCUGUGUGUCAAGAGCACGAUGGUAUUUCGCGUGUCUUGCCCGUCGGUAACUCAGUCUGGACGGCCACUUCGAGCUCGAGCGUCAACCGAUGGCUUAAUGUAGACACGGAACUCGAAAUUGAGACACCACCGUCCUCCCCCCAUGACGAACGCGCAAAGAGCCCUGAAGGUCGAUCUUCUCUUCACCCAGAUGAUGCCGUCAACCCUCCUGUGGUCAACGGAACAACUAAUGGUGCAGUCAACGGCCUCCCAACCAAUGGUCUUGACAGCAAGAAAAGAAUUCCUUACAGCGCAGUACUCCGCGUCUCCAACACCGCAGUCCAUCCUGGGAGAAGAUAUCUCGGAAGACACCCCACUUCCUCUUCGUCAAACUUACGGAAAGCUUCCGAGGUGAUAAAUGCAGAUGACCUUAGUGUCGUUGUUCCCAUUCGUGGACAACCCGUCGAGACCAUCGAGGGUCAAAACGGCCUCAUUAAGCAUGUCAUGCUGAACGACAAGAAGCGGAUCCUCACACUGGACACAGCAGGCGAGGUGGUGCUGUGGGACUUGUUAAAGUGCAUCCAGAUCAAGUCAUUUGGUCGCCGACACCUUGACGAGGUGGUGCCCGAGGUCAAUAACAGCGAAAGUGUUGCCAAUUGGUGUGCGGUAGACACCAAAACCGGCAAAAUCACCGUCAUGCUGGAGGAAAACUAUGCCUUUGACGCAGAGGUUUAUGCUGACGAGCUCGACUUGAAUGACAAGCUUUCUUUCCGAGACGAUCAGAGAAUUAAUCUAGGGAAAUGGGUACUCAGAAACCUCUUCUCGAAUUUGCUCGACGAGGAGAUCCGUAGGGAUGAAGAGUACCGAACCAAUCUGCAGAUAACACCUCCACCGCCAGCUUCUGGACUCAUCAGACCUGGAGCCCCAACCAGCAUCACUUUGCCAGGAUCGGUAGGUGCAACGCCAAUGGUGUCUCCCGGCACCAUGACCACCCCCAGAGCCCCCAACGGACCGGGCUUGGUCCCACCUACCCCUGGCUUAGCUAUCGGCGCUGCUACCCCUGGCUUCUCUCCUCUGACAACAACCUUGACGUCGACGGCCGAAGAGUCUGCUGAUGCGGUCGAUGGCAAUUCUCGUCCGACACAGCCGACGCCGACUACUGCGACCAUCACGGAUCCCUCGAGCGACUACUUCUCACGAAACAGCAGCGCUCACAACCAGUCUGAGGAUUCAUCUGACAGCAACAAAAUCCCUGAUACUCCAGGAGGCGGUGACAACUCGCAGCAUGCUUUGGCCACGCCCACUUCCCCUACCGAAGAGAGGAAAAAGGGCAUAUUUGGCAAGAAGUUUUCCGGCAUGGCUUUCCCCAAGAAACUCGCUCGGACUUCGACCGAAGUGGCCAAGACACCGAUGAUCACCCAGGAAGAGAAAUCCGACACGGCGUCUGUCAAGUCAUCGGAGAAGGAGGAGAGAGUCAUCGAGGAUAAUUUCUACGGCGUGGUGCAGAGAAUCCGGCAGGAAUAUGAAGAUCACUUGGAGCAUAAACCUGGUGAGGCGCUGCCGCCGGGAAUCACCCCGAGCUUGCCGAAUGAAACCCCCGUGUUAACACCACCACCUCACACGACUAUCAUCAUACAAGAGGACAAUCCAGAGAGUGGCGGGUUGGCAGAUCAAUACAGGGGUGAGAUUGGUGAGUUGGGUGAGAAGAGCGAGGUGGACAUUCUGGAGAAGAUUGCGCCAACAUGGUUGGGCGAGUUACUGCUACGGAAUCAAAUUCCGUACAAGGACACCAUCAAAGUCAGCUUCAUUCUGCAACCGUGGGAAAAUCUUUUGCCGAGCAUCGCAUCGCCAGACGGCAAUGCGCGACUAAACGCAAACCGAAUGCUCCGGGCUAAGAAGAUCAUGGCGUACAUCGCGGAACGCAUCGAGGCACCAGCAGACCCGGAGCACCCCAACCCAGAUGGCACCGAUGCGCUCAAGCCGGAGGAAUACUUGGAGCUGUACUGCCAGGGUCGUAAGGUGGACCCCAACAUUACGCUGGCGAGUCUGAGGGUGCACCUGUGGAGGACAGGAGGUGACGUCGUCUUGUACUAUAAGACGAAUGGACGAAAAGAGCUGCGUGUUCCGCAUCCGAGCGAAGUGCCGACGCGUGACGAGAGCGAGGAGGCCACUGGUGUGGUGAGAUAGACAGUUGAAAAGUUUCGUGCGGUCGGAGAUCAGGCCCUUGAGAGGCACGGGAUGGAGGUGCCCGUGGAGGAUUACUCUCAGGCCUCGAUAUCUAGAUUCUCGGCCCAUCUAGGAGACUCCCAGCAAACGUUACAUGGCCGCUGGUUAGGGGGUUGAGAUUGGAUAGAACCGAGAACUUGUCGAGGAGAUCGGCCAUUUCAAGACAGACUUGAGCAAGGUAAUGUACAUACAGAUAUACAGCGAUGCCUGGAACCAAAAGACGAAUGAACAUUGG